CGAGCCGAUGUCAGGGGUGGAGAUCCUGCCUGCUGAAGGGGCUGGUGAAGAAGGUGGUCCAUUCCAAGAGGAGGAGGAUGACGUUGCUGGCCUGUUGAGGGAGAUGGAUGCAGGGGAGAAGAAAGAGAAAAAUGAGGCAGGUUGCCAAGGUGACCCAGCUGAACCAGAAGUGAACACUUUGGUCUUCGGUUUCAAGAACAAGAGGGACAAGCCUUGCAAGGAGGUAGAGCCUGACUUCAUCAUCACAGAUGUCUUCUCCCUCAAGAACCAUGUCAUGAAAAGCAGGGAAAUGGCCUCCCCAGACCUAGAUGCUAAGCCAAAGCAUUGCAAAGUGCCAAAGAAAUGCCUGGCCAGCAGUGGGAUCCUCAUGGAGCAGUGGAAGCUGGUGGCAAACGGGCAAAGAAGGAACACACCUGAGGUCUCCCCAUCUUGUACUGACAACAACAUCAUCCCAUGCUACCCCCCUCCAGCCUACAGUGACUACCAUGAACCUCAGGGCCUCAACCUCUCACUGCUGGGUAUUAAUUACCCUUUGAACCCCAGCCUCUUCUCCUACCUGAGCCCCACCAUGGCCAACAGUGCUACGACACACCCGCACCUGGCUCAGCUGCCCUUCCUGGCCUCCACAACACAGCUGAUGCACCCACAUGCCUCCCACUUUCAGCCUCUGCAGAGCCCUGAGCGCUCAGCCUUCCUUCCCCGCUUCUACUACCCCUUGCUCUUUGAGCACACCUUCAGCUCCAGUGAAAGGAAGAUGUCCUCCAGCAAGCCAGAAGCCCAGCAACAGGUAGGCUCUGUCAUGCCCACGCCACCCCAAGCCAAACCUCCCAGUGAGCAAACCAAGCCAGGGCUGCUGAAGGUACCACUUCUGAAGACAGGUUUUCCUUGGUCCAAAAGUGUCAGAGAGGAGCCAGCCUCCGAGCUUGGCCAUCCUGCCAUGCUAGGGCAGGAAGAAGAGGAGAAAUGGCUGUCCCAAGAGGAGAGCAACCCAGCUUUGGGCCUCAACAACGUGCGCAAAAAGCCAGCCACUGACAUCUACCAAAACAUGGUGGGGAUGAAAGACGGCACUUUUGCGCCCGGCAGCAUCCAGAAGACAGACUUACCAAUGGUGACCUCUCUGGAGCCCAGCAGCCCUCCAGGCAACUCCCUGAAGAGCAAGUUCACUGCCAAUGGGCUGGAUUUGAUAGGACCCGAAAGGCUGAUGCCUGGAAAACUCAGCUACCAGAGCAGUGGUUCAAGGGCCAACCCUGGCCACAUCCACAAGACCCUGGACCACUGGCACACGGAGGUCCUCGCGGGCCGGCCUGAGGAACUGGAGAGGGGCAAUGACACUGAAGUUCUUCCUUCUGUGGGUGCUGGCCUGGACCACAGCCUCUGCAAGCAGAGCAGACCCCAAGAAACUUCUGCCACCAUGACAGAUUCUGAGGCCACAACAGUGCUUAUUGGGGACCUGUCCAAAACCUUAGAGGAGUACCAAGAGGUGGAGAAGAAACUGUCUGAUCUGGCAAAAGAGGACACCCCUGGGCAAAAAGAGCUGAGGGACCAGCUGGUCAAAAUCCGAAAGGAGCUCUACCACAUCCACCAAGCACUGGAGAAAGCCACCAAACCCCACGAGGGUCCUCUGGACCUCUCAGUGAAGAGAUCCUCCGAAGGUCUGGGGAAGGUCCAGCAGGCCAAGAAAGAUCCCUGCAACAUCAGCCUGGGAAGUGAGAAGCUCCACAGCAAAGACCAGGGGGCCCUCACCAAAUGUAUGGCCACUGGGGAGGCUGGAGAUGGGGAAGGGCUGGCAAACUGCCUCCUUGAGACCGAGAACAAAACCAUUGACCUGCUGAUCAAGAUGAGCCGCUCUGAGAGCCUCCAGGCAUCCUCUGAGGCCCACCUGGGCACUGUAAUCAAAGCUGAGGUCCUGCCGCUCACCAUGCCCCUGGAGCUCCGGCACAUGAUGGAGCCCUACUACAGCCGUACCACCAAGUGCGAGGCAGACUCCAGUGUCCUGCUUUGCUCCGAUGGCAGAUCCAGCACCACCCAGGGCCCUCAGCUCCCGGUCGCCACCGAGGAUGGGCCCCUGGGCUGCCUAGCCGUGCAGCGCUCUCUGUCCUGCAGCCUUCCCAGUGAGACAGACACAGUGUGUGUCCACAGCCCUCUGCAUGCUGACCCCUAAGUCCACCCUGCUCGAAAGCUCCUGGAUCUCACUGAUCACUUCAUCCUUUACCUUCCUAGUGUCUGACCUCUCAGCUCCCCCUCUUCCCCAUGGAUGAAAGCUUAGCCACUGCCUGGCUGGGGCCACGUUGUGCAGGGUCCCAGCUAGCUCCCCCAGCUGACGCCACAAAGUAUAAAAAACCAGUCCUUGUCCUAUCCCAGUAUCAAGGAUGGGGAUCCCAGUAUUAAGAUCCUGGGAUCUACAUGCUCUACAUCCCUGGUCCUGGAGCUCCCUUUGAAAGGGAAGUCACUAGCAGGCAAAAAAAGAAAAUGGAUAAAAGCACCAAGCUUUCAGCAGAAGGCUCAUCCAGCCCUCUCAUCAGAGACACUCAGGGACUUUUGCAACACAGCUCCCAUGAUCUGUGGACAGGGGAGGGACCACCGACAAGGCAUCUGCAAGGCCAAGUCUCAGUCCAGCCAUGGUUGUGCUCAAACAGACUGUGGCUGUCACCUUGUACAGAGAAAAGACAUGGUGACUUUGCCCUAUGGUGGCCUAAGGGUCACAGCAGGGAAUCAGAUGCCCGCCUGGACUGACCCAGAGGCCAAGUACUUUCCGCACUGUGGAGACAAGAACAUCCUCCCAGCCACAAUGACAAGAUGACACAGGAGCCACCUUGCCACAGCUCCACACCUGGAUCCUGAGCUCUCCUGCCUAGGGCAUUUGUUAUGUGUGAGGACUGCUGGGCUGUGGGGACUUGUUCCUGCCCACUGGUCCUCCUCCUCUGUCUCCUUCUUUUGCCUUUAUACAGAAAGGACCUUCCCUCCCUCUGCCCCAGUAGACUCUCCCCAUGCACACAUGAUGCAUAUUCCUCACAAAGGCCCCAAGCCUGCAGAGUACAGCUCCCAUGAGCUCCUGCCCGCUAGUCCUAAUCCCCCAAAUGAUGACACAUGGGACAGCAAAAUGGGUGAGAUGAUGUUGCCAUGAACACCACUGCUCAAGGGGCAAAGUCCCUAAAAACAACAGUGAAGGGAGAAGCUUGGACUGUCCCAAGCUGGAACAAUGCUGAGUGGCCACCCCUCAGCCAGAGCACUGGCGAGCCAACUACCUGGGCAGGUGCCUGCUGUUUGUGGGAUGAGUGCUGGUCUUCCUGAAAGGCCACCUUCUCCCCACGCUCACUGGGGGCUCUUGCCUCUGUUGGGCAGGCUAGUACCCACCGCAGGGCAGUCACACCUCCCUGUCCCCUGCCACCCUGCUGAGCAGCAUCUGCUCUGGCUCAGGAUGUCACAGAAUCACAGAAUCACAGAAUGGCAGGGGUUGGAAGGGACCUCUGGAG